GCUACAAUUGAACAUACGCAUCAUAACUGAAACUACGUCAAAAAAAAAAUCAUCUGCAGUGUCUGUAUUGAAGUGUGCUGUUCUGGAAGCGCGAAUAUGCUAGUCGUUGGUAUCGUAAUAACCAAAUUAGGUUAUAAAUACAGCUUGUUGGAUUUCUAUUUUUAGCUCACUGCUUUAUCGUCCGUUUUCAGUCUAUGUUUUCGUGUUUUUAUUGAACAUUAUUACUUCAUAUAAUAUUCCACAGAUCUGAGCCGCACAUGGAAACAGAUUUAUGUGUUUACAUGGCAACAACAUAUGAGACAAGAACGAAACGAAAAAAAAGAUGGUGCGCAACAACUAUUGUUGUUAUUUCAUAAAUUUUGUUUUGUUUCAGUAGGAUUUGCGUGUGCGUUUGGAAGGAAUUGGAUGGAAUAGAUGAUUGCGUGCGGAUAACAAAAGGGGUUUUCCCCCUUACGUUGUCAUCGACGUCUUCGCAUGCGUGGGCGCAUUUGGAUGCAGUCGUGGAGAGCGCCGACCGACGACGGGCGGCUCUCAUCGAUCUGCGUACUCUAGUGGCAGUGGUAAAAAAAAAAGAGUGAGAGAACAAAACACACCCCUUCGACGUGUGCACGUACACUGCGCCCUUCAAAUGUCGCCAUCGCAAUUUGAAUCAUCGUGAUCGUAGCAGGUGCCGAGAACACAUCAAAACAAAUUAGUCAUGGCCUUCUCCAAUACCAAUACUCUGAGAUCGCCUACGGUGCUGGAGCAGCUGCUGGAGGAGAUCAACUUUCAGAGGACGAAGGAGAUGCGACAACUGCUCAAAGACGAUUCCGGAUUCGUGAUGCUGCAGGGCACCACUUACUGGACCGAUCUCUUCGUCAGGCAUUUUCUGUUCCAAAACGACUCCUCGAUAGACUGCGAUGAUCUCCUGUUCUUCGUCAGGAAGAAACACGUGAAAGGUUCACCAAGAUACCUACCCAAGUUCGAGGUUUGAGCAGCAA